AUGUUUGGAACUCUGCGCUACCUGCCCGAGAACAAGACUGGGGAGUUCCUCGAGCGUGAAUCAGGGGUGGUGGGAAAAGCGCCGACCAACAAACCUCAGCACUCGGCCUGCGAUAAUUGCAGGGUAAAAAAGAUUCGCUGCAGUGGCCGAAGAGCGGGAUGUUCGCGGUGCAAGACCCUUUCCCUCCCCUGCAGCUAUACCCACGUCCCCACGCGGAAAUGCAAGAGGAAGCCAGCGCCCGACUCGCAGAAAAAGGACCGCAAUAAUGAGAACGAGAGCUGUCUGGGGCCUAGCGCGGCCCCCGGCCGAUCUCCCGCAAGGGAGGAUGCAGCCACAGCUGUGGUGCAGCCCUCCCUAUUGACCAUGGAACCACUACCGCAUACAGUAGACKAGAAUUACAUCAGGCUGGACAAGGCAAUGCACCGGGUGCAAGGGAACUCCGACUUGGUGCUGGAUCCGAUGUUGAAGGAGAUCUCGACCUGGUCCAGUUGUCUCGACUGGUCUCCAGGAGGGGAGGGCACAUACAUGCCGGACUCCGACUAUCCGAUGACAGGGAAUCCACACCUCCCCGCCGAUCCCUUCCCUGCUGGUUACCCUGGGUUGGGAAAUACUGUACAGCCGCCGCCGCCCAUUGCCCGUGGGUUCACCCUACCGGAUCUGCUUCCGACUCCACCGUUGACCCAUAUCCUUGCCUCCACCGGGAGCGCAAACCGAUCAAGUGAGAAUACUUGCGAGAUUGCUAUGGAAGAGCAACCUUCGUGCUCAUGCCUGAACUCGGCCGUUUUCCUCCUGGACGAACUGGAGUCGCCCCAUGAUGACAGGGGCCCCGGCGAGCAAGGGAGUCUCGACUCAAUCCUUUCGAUUUACCAGGCGGUGCUCCUCCUGUGCAAGCGCAUGAUCAACUGCGACGCCUGCCCACGGAAGUCGGAGAAUAUGAUGGUGCUCACCAUGGUGCUGGAGCGAUUGGCCAUUCUGUGCGGGGAGGCGAUUGACGCUUUUAUCGCCCGGAGGGAAGCCAACGGGCCUGGGCCUGUCGCCAUGAUGGAGAAGCAGCCGUUGGUCCUGGGCGAGUACGAGAUCGAGGGGGGAGACUACGAGGUCAUGAUGGGGAUGCUAGUGACACGGCGGCUGUCGGAAUUAGAAAGCCUGUUAGCACGCAUGAAGAUGAUCAGCUCCCUCACCCGCCGCGCUCACCAGCAGGCCAGAAUGGCGCGCGUGGAUCAACAUGUUCAGAACUUGUUUCGGAAGCUCGCUUCCGUCUGCCCUCUGGUCUCCGAAUGA